AUGACGAUGCAAGGGAUCGUUGCGAUGUUCGUGCUAGUCGAAUUGACCACUGAGAAGAUCGACUCAAUUCUGAGAGAAGCUCGCUCGCGCCCGUACGAACCAUGGUGCUACUGGCUAGCCGAUCAAUACGAAACAGCCCCACCAGACACUGAUGAAGGAGGUAUCGACGGCACGAAGGCACCGAUUGAUAAAGACUGGAAGUCCCCCUUCAUUGGCAGGACCUUGCGAGAAUGCGCGGAUUUUCUUAGGAAGGCUCCGUCCAGCGCCUGGCUGGAUCGCAAUUUUUUCGCCGUCGUCGAGGAACACACCCUAGACAAGGGUGUAAUCACUCUUUGUAGGAUUGGCAACUGGGUGGGAGAAGGGGAUGAGAUUACGUCGCUGCCGGCGAGACUCAGGGAGUCUGGUGAUCUGUUGGGUGGUAUGGAUCCCGACAGUUGGGACGAGUGGCUCGAGGAUACGAAGAGGACAGGAAAGCCUGCAUAG